AUGGUCCAACGGAGAGUGAAACAAAUUGGUUUGAAGAUUGUUUCACCAAAUGUUCUGGACAUGACACUUGUAGAUCUCCCAGGUAUUACAAAGGUUCUCGUUGGCGAUCAGCCUUCUGAUAUUGAAGCCCGGAUCAGAACAAUGAUCAUGUCAUAUAUCAAAGAGCCCUCAUGUCUUAUUCUAGCUGUCACACCGGCAAAUUCAGAUUUGGCUAAUUCCGAUGCUCUUCAGAUGGCAGGAGUGGCUGAUCCCGAGGGUAAUAGAACGAUCGGUGUAAUCAUAAAGUUGGAUAUCAUGGACCGAGGUACUGACGCCCGAAAUUUGUUACAAGGAAAAGUUAUUCCCCUCCGACUUGGCUAUGUUGGCAUUGUAAAUCGUAGUCAAGAGGACAUUCAAAUGAACCGGAGUAUAAAAGAUGCUCUUGUUGCUGAAGAGAAAUUUUUCCGCAGCCGUCCUGUAUACAACGGUCUAGCAGAUAGUUGUGGUAUACCUCAACUAGCAAAGAAGUUAAACCAGAUUCUAGCACAAGAUAUCAAAGUUGUGCUACCUGGGUUGAGAGCACAUAUAAGCAAUAACCUAGUUACUGUUGCAAAGGAGCAUGCGAGCUAUGGAGAAAUCACGGAGUCUAAGGCUGGUCAGGGUGCUCUUCUCCUGAACAUUCUUUCAAAAUAUUGUGAAGCAUUCUCCUCCAUGAUUGAGGGAAAGAAUGAGGAGAUGUCCACAUCCGAGUUAUCUGGUGGGGCUCAGAUUCAUUAUAUUUUUCAAUCCAUCUUUGUCAGGAGUUUAGAGGAGGUAGAUCCAUGUGAAGGCUUGACUGAUGAUGAUAUUCGUAUUGCCAUACAAAACGCAACUGGGCCAAGAUCAGCAUUGUGA